CUCAUUCUCGUUUGGGAUUGAGAGGCAAGUAGCAUUACGCUACCAGUUCAGUCAGUUGUUAUUUGACGGACCGUGUGAUUGCCGUCUGUUGAUUAUUUGAACAUGUAUUUUUCAAACUUUCUUUAACACGCGUGACGUAGAUAGCUUUUAAUAUAAUAUUAUAAACAUAUUGAUUUUUUCAAAAUUAUAUCUAAUCGUAAAUUAUUAAUUUACAUUUUCCUUCUUAUUAGCCUUAUAGGCACCAUCAUGGGCUUUUUAAAAAUAAUAUCGAUCCAUAUCACCGGUUGAUAAACUUUUCGCUCUAUAAUUCCAUCUACUAAAAGAUAUGAGCGACAUGACAAACGAUAUGAACGACAUGGAUGAUAUUGACGAUACUGAUGCAGAAGAUGAGUUUGAAGAUGCAUUGGAAGUUAUUCCAGCGCACUGUACAAUGGAUCUUAAUACAGCCCUGGAUGAUUCAAAAAUAGCAAUUCAUUUUUUCUUUAACAACAAAUUUGAUGAUGCUCAAAAUAUUUUACAACCAUGGGUGGGCACAAGUCUAUAUCACACAAUGGGAACAUCAAUAUUUCAGUUCCUUGAGGCUAUACUUACUUUUCAGCCGUCGAGUAUACAAAAAGCAUCUACGUCAUUGAAAAGAAGUAUACGCUUGUGUAACUUAUACCGGAAGAAGAAUACAUUAACGCAGUCCAUUGGAAAUAUGAUGAAGAAACCUAAUUAUGAUUCAUAUACCCCAGAUGAAAUACAUGCGGAGUUAUGUUAUGCAGAGGCAUUGUUGCUCAAAGCAUUAUUAACAUUUAUUGAAGAUGAAACGCUAGUCAGCUUUUUACGAGCCGGAAUAAAAAUACGCUCAUGUUUUAAUUCAUAUAAAGAGUGCAAUAAUAUUCUGGUUUCUCGAUCUUGGAUAGAAGAAGAAAAUUCCUAUAAAGUUCAUUUUGAGAGCGGUGUACGACUUGGAAUCGGCGCCUUUAACUUGAUGAUCUCAUUGCUUCCAUCAAAAAUAAUCAAACUACUAGAAUUCAUAGGAUUUUCUGGAAGCAAACAUCUUGGACUAAACGAGUUGCAUUUAGGCAAUCAGCUGCAAAACGGAGUUCGCCAUGUUUUAUGUGUAAUGACUUUGCUCGCCUAUAAUCUAGUGAUAGUUUAUGUAUUCACCCAAGAGGAUGGUGAUUUAGAAUUUUGCGAUGUGGCUUUAAAACAACAACUCGCAAUAUACCCUAAUGGUGCAUUGUUCUUAUAUUUCAAAGGACGAUUAGAAUUUAUGCGAGGUAAUACUGAAGAAGCAGCCAAAUGGUAUACUUCAUCAGUACAAUCACAGAUUGCAUGGAAACAGUUCCAUCACAUUUGUUAUUGGGAAAUGGUUUGGGCAUACAGUGUGGCAUUAGAUUGGAAACGUGCGGAAAUGUAUGCGUGUAAAUUAAUGGAAGAAAGCAAAUGGUCGCGUACCAUCUAUAAUUACCAGCGUGCGUGUAUUAUGCUUAUGCGUGGACAUAGCAACUUGUCUCGUGAUGACCUAAAUACUAUCAAUCAAUUGAUGCUAGAUGUGCCAAAAUAUAAACAAAGAAUUGCGGGUAAAUCAAUUCCAAUGGAGAAAUUUUCAGUUAAGAAAUCACAAAGAUAUAUUAAUCAAAACAACAGAUUAUUUUUACCAGCAGUUGAGCUGAUGUACCUUUGGAAUCUAUUCAAAGUGUUCAGUAAAAAGAAAUCACUAUGCGAAAAUUUGUUUAGACUCAUUGACAAACAUACUAAAGAUCUUGAAAAAAAUCCUGGACAAUAUGGUAGUGAAUAUGAAUUUGAUAACAAAGCUCUUGGUCAACUACUUAAAGGGACAUGUCUACGCAUAAUGAAUACCCCUUUACUUGCUGAAGAAUGUUUAAAAAAUGUAAUCUCUUUGGAAAAGAAAAUUAAAGAGGAUAGAUUUUUAGUGCCGUACGCUCACGUAGAACUAGCUUUUCUUUAUAAAAAUAAAGGGCAAUUAGAUAAAGCUGCUUGGUUCCUUGAAUCAGCGAAAAAAAAUUAUUCAGGAUAUUCUUUAGAAACAAGACUGCAUUUUCAAAUACAUUGUGCGUGGUCUACAUUAAAUGAAAGUAAACCUGAGGGUAAUUUGAAAGCUAAUGAAACUGAAUGUGAUAGGUAUUGAAAUCUAAUAGUAUUCCUUAACUGUUGAUUAAUUGCUAUUUAUUGUUAUAUUGUUUUAAUUGUAAAUCCUUUAUAAAAUUUCUCUUAAAAUUAUUGAAAUAAUUAAAAAUGUUUAAUAAAACAUUUUUGUUGUACUUAAUAAUAUAGCAUUAUUAUGCAAAAAAAAAUACUGUACGAACAAAUUAUCAAGCAUAUUUAUACACAAACAUUAAUUUGUUACAAUGUUGUGAUGAUAAUAAUAUAGUGUGUGAUAUUAAGUGAGAAAUCUCAACUAUUAUAUUAAAUUGAUAAUAUUAUAGCUCGUAAAAUUUAUUCAUAAAAUUUAAUGCAUACAAAAGUCAUUAAAAUUAAUGAAUAUGAAUAGUUUAUAGCAUAAAGUCAUUUAUAUAUUGUUUAAACUGUCUGAAACCGUUAGUUUUAAGAAAAAAAAAACAGUUAUACUUUAUUAUCGUUAUGUGUUAUAUGUUUUAAAAUUUUUUUAAUUAUUAUGUUUAUCCUUUUAAUUUUUAAGAAGUUAGUCACCAAAUAAUUUGCGAACCAAUAUUUUUGUACCAAUGUAUUUUAACAUUUUUUUAGUAAAAUUUUUAGUAGCCGUGAGAUACCUUAUUAAAAUUUAUUUGUUCAACACUCCAUAAAAAAAUUAUAAUUUUUUAUGUUAUAAUACAUUCCUGAUUAAAUAUUGUUUAA